AUGUUAGCCUUUUACUUCUUGCAGUGGCUCCCUCUAGGGAAAGAAGAGAAUGAAUUGGGAAAUUGGAAGUUCCUAGAAUCCAAAAAUGCUUCAUCCAAGUUUCCAGAUUUUAAGAAUUCAAAUGGGAACUCUGUACUAGAGUUGAUUAGUACUCCAAGAAAAAUAACUGGUGUACACUAUGUUCAGCCAGUCUCUUAUGGCAAUUGUCACCAUCAUGAUGCAAUUCACCAGGGGGUUAUGGUUUUUCAUGAUGUGUGCGACAAUGAUAAAGAUGUCCGUGGUGCUCAAAUCAGGGUAGGUGUGUACAUAUGGCCUUUUAGACAGUUGGUCGCCAACAGGGAUCGAGUGGUUGACUUGUUUUAUGAAGCAGUACUUGAAGUUCUGUUCCACUAA